AUGAAAUACUUACUUGUAAGCUUUUAUUAUAUUUUUUUCCAUUUUAAUUUGUUAAACAUGAACUGUUUUAGAUGGGAAUGUCCAUCAUCUACGAAAAAACAAAUCACCAGAGUUUUGCAUCAGGAAUAAUUGCGAGUGAAAUCAAAAGAUACAGAAGAUACAUUGGCACAUCCGGGUCCUUCAAAGGAGAUGGCGGUGGGAGUGUUUGGAGCGAAAAGGGAUGUCUUUUGGGGAUGCAGAUUGAGGUGGAGAACUUGAAACACACAGUGGACCAAAGAAAGCGGCCGGCAUCACCAGCAUCAGGCGGGCGUUGUGCUAUAAUUGCAAUUGAAGACAUUAUUGCAAAUAUACAGGUAAAAUUGAUCGACAAAUUUAUAAUGAUUUUAAAUUUUAGGACCUUAUUAUGUUUGGUAAACCUGCUCCCGUGUUUGACGCUCUUUGUGGGGAUUGCUGA